CUUCACCCAAACCACACCUGCAUCACAUCCAUCUCAAGCAUCAACCCCCAAUCCCAAUCCCAGUCACCAACCAAUAACCAUGGCCGAACAUCCCUCCUUUACCCUCGCUGCUCUCCUCCCGGUAGGCGGAAUCGCCGGAUACAUGCGCACUCGCUCCGCCCCAUCUCUAAUCGCGGGCGUUGGAUUGGGAAUUUCCUACGCGUAUGCCGGCUACCUCAUCAAACAAAACAAAGACUACGGUACCGAACUGGCCCUAGGAAACAGUCUCGUGUUGCUUGUUUCGGGUGCUAUUCGAACCAUCAAGACCAAAGCCAGGGCUCCGAUUCCGUUGGCGCUGGGAGCGACGGGUUUGUUGGCGUCGUUUUAUUAUCAGAAGAAGGUGAGGGAGUUUAGGUUUGGGGUUUAGAUUUAGGACUAGGAUUAGGGAUAGGUAGGUAGGGAUUGAAUGUAUUUUUAUAUUGUGUUGUGAGAUGAGAUGUCAGGGAUGGUGUGAUGUAAGAGUAAGGGGAGGUCCAUAGAUGAAUAAACGACUCGUGGCAUGAGAGCCGGAUGGUCGUGAUCAUUGUGCCAGUAUGGUUCGGAGGAGUUUGGGGGGAUUUGGUUGGCUGCGGGACUGCUAUCUGGGCUUGGCAGAGAAAGCUGCCCCAGGUGGGAAGAGAAGGGGGAAGGGGUAUUGUUUUACCGGCAGAUGGUGACUCUCGUUUUAUGAUGUGUUGAUUGGUGGGAUCUAGUCAGUCAUAAGCUACGGGAGAUGUCAUUGGAAUAAGGCAACAGGUUUUAUUCAAAGCAGAUAAACAGCUAAACAGUAAGAA